AGUGGCAGAUUAGUCAUGGAGGCUGCUUUGCAUGUUCAGAGACCCGUCUGCUAUGGAACAAAACACUUCUGUGAGAGAAGAACUCGGUUAGAGACUAGAGCGUCUAUUGAAUUAUUCUCCAUUGGCAGAGCUAAUUCUUCUUCACCAUUGUCCCCAUGGCGAAAGGAUUCUGUAGGAAUGGGGGUUUCACAUCAUAUUAUCGCAAGUGCAGAUUUCUCACGGAGGAGACCAAGAAAAGGGCAGAUUCCAAGGCCAAAAGGUGCUGUUCCAAAGGGUUUUGUGCCAAAAUCACGAGUUGACUCGAGCACCCAAAAGAGAGAAAAAAGCGACAGUGGAGAUGAAGAUGGUUCGAGGACUGUCGUAUCUGGCGGGAGGGCUGGACCCAGUUAAAAACCAGCAGAAAUGAAAGCUGGCUCUGAUGAAGAUAUUGAAAUUGAAAAUGAAUCUGACAGAACUGUAUCGACAAGCCAACUGUUAGAUGCAGUAAGAAGUGAUGAAACAGAGGAAAAUGGAAGAAUGGCUGUAACAGACGAUGAUGCAACUGAGACAUCAACUCCAGAAA